UCUUUUUCUGUGUACUCGAUUUGAAUUAUACCGAUAUGAAGGUCGAGGAACAGAAGGAAGAAAAAUUCAUCAGGUCGACUGCAUGCGUGUGGCGGGUGUAGCACCGCGGCGAAAUAGCGGCGUGGCCAAAACGAGCAUUCUGUAUUCGGUCCUUCCUUCCCUUUUUUGCUGGCAUCAUUGAGUGGAGAUUCGUCCGGCACGAAGAUUUUGAGACAGUUUACAUCAAUACCAACCGGGCUGGGUGGCAUCCAAUGCAUUGGAUCUUCUUCGAACUCAGCUUUUCAAGGCCUAGAGGGUGCAUCCGCGUUCGCCGGAUGUCGAUGGUCUUGUUUGUGUUUCCAUAUUGACCAGUACAUUUCAGGGUUAAUUCUCCGCAUUUGUUCAUUUUGUCACAGAUACAGACCUCAUUACCACGCUGAUCAGCUUCCUCCAGUUGACAUUUUCCGUCACCGGGAAUAGUGGCUGGCCAGGCCAGCGGCCAUGUCUCCGAAGAAAUGGAUCAGACUCACACGCUACGGACCCGCGUGAUGCUCCACUUUGCCUUCUUAUCUUGAAAAUCUGUGACGCUCAGCCUCUCUGUAACGGCUUCAUCGCCGUCGUGUGUUUCUGCUUCAGUGCGGAGGUCACUGGGACCUCUGGUGAUGAUGCCGACACGCAUUUGAAUAAGGGGUUUGGGAGCUGCGCUUUACAGCCCUCACGUGGUGCCUCAACUCGGACUGAUGAGGAAGUUUUCUUUUUUGCCUGUUACAGUUGAGCGGCUCUUGCCAAGCAAGGCAAGCCUAUCCCGGCACAGAACGGCGAAGUUGCUACCGAUAGCACAGCCCGUCUCCGCGGAUGUCCGAGCGCCGUGCUUAGCUGCAGAUGCAAAUCCUCGACAGCAGUUCGUGUUCCACCACCUUCAGUCGUGUGGGAAAGAAAUGAGUUCCUCCGCUUUCCCCGGAACCCGGGCCGUGUGGGGGUUCGACUGUGUUGCACCUCGCACACAAGGUCAUGGGACGACUGUCGAAUGCAAGUUCUUAAGGAACUCGAGACGCUAUAAAGUUGAUGCAGUCUUCAAGGGGAAAAGGUCAAUGUUCCCCAGCAGCGGGCCCAUGCAAGACUAUGGAGUCUCUCAUUUUGACAAACAAAAACGCAGGACGGCGGAUUGGCUCGAAACUGAACGCCGGCGCAUUGCGGCACUGCCGGAACCAUUGCGGCCUCUUGAAUUCGCAAGAACUUUGAAUAUGUACAAAGAGAAACUAAUAGAAUUGUAUGGCGAUGAGUACGUGCGUAGAGAGUGGGCGACGCUUGUCAAGCUCACACGGGCAAAACUGAUGGGGACAGAAUAGGUCAUGGGUAUUUCAGGAUCCGGACCCAAUGUGCGGCGGUUCAAGCUUCGUUUUCUUGGUGGCUACACGGGGGAGGGUGAACUUUUUCAGAUCCAUUUUACACGUGUGCAUGAAGACAGCUGCUGACCGCCCUCUAAACGAAUCCCCGUAGGAAGAUGAAACGCAAUCUUCACCGUGCUGAGAGAGGAACCAGAGAGAGUUUGGCUGGGACGCCAUAGCGGCUCCUGAGCUACCCACAAACCAGCUGUAAAAGUGGAUACAUCAUGGUGAAGCGAGGAAGCAGACCUACAAUGUGCAGCGUGGAUAGCGUCGGUUAAGCAAUAUUCCUGACCGUUUAUGCCGGUACGAUGAGCUUCUGCAGUGUAUUCCAGAUCAGAUUUUAGUGUUGCAAGUGAGGAAAUUUCCACGUGGGAUGGUGAUGAAUAACACUGCAUCUAAUAUCAGGGAACACGCAACUCUUGUGCAACCGAAGAAAAUCGCC